UAACGGCUUUUUCCGCCUCAGGGACAGAUGAACACCUGAAUGGCAAUCUACAUGAAAAGUUGCGGAAUCUCUCUGACCCCCAACCCUCCCCCUUCCAGUCGUUAAGUCUGUUGUGUUGAGUAGUGGCUUAAUAGAUCAGUCACCUCCGCCCGUAGAUUAUUACCCCUUAUCAAUAUCAGACCCGUGCAAGCAAAUCGGCAAAACGAAUGCAAAGGAUAUUUACCCGCGGUCAGAGACACAGAAUGUAAGUGGAUGUGAGAGAGAAAGAGCGAGCGUAGGGCUGGGAGAGCCAUGAAGUUGCAGGCGGUGAUGGAAAACCUGCAGAGGCAGCAGCGUGCGCGGCUCGAGCUCGAGGCCCGGCAACAGCAGAACGAACAGCAUCACCAGCAACAGCCCCAGUACUCGCGUGCGCGCCUUCAGCUCCAGGCCCAGCAACAGCAGCAGCAAAUUCAAAUGGAGCAGCGCGAGCCUCGCAGGCUAACGGCCGAGUUUUCCAACGAUAACAAGAUCCUGGUGAUUGCUCAGCAAACAGCAGCACUGGCCGCCAUGAGAGCAGCGGCGGCUGCCGCAGGGGCUGACGCUUCAGCUCAACGCGUCCUCGACGAAGGCGAUGAAGAGGAACUGGGUAUGGAACGAGGCGAUAGCCCGAGGCUUUCCGAAACCAGCGAGGCCUUAUCUGGGGGAGAUGAGAUGGAGCGGGAAGACGAGGAUGAGACCGCGGAGCCGUGUUAUCCUGAUCCUUUAGGAUCCGAGGAAGAUAUGGCUGCUGAGGAAGAAGAAGAAGAAUUCGAGGACGAGAUGGCCGAGGAAGGGGCAAGCGGAGUAAAAGAGCAGAGGGGAACGCACCACUGUGGCGAGGUGCAUCGUUUGCCCGGGCAGCGGCGCCCUAUAACCGGGCUCCCUUGCCAGCCACACCCGCAGAUGCAGCCAGUCCAGGAUCAGGCCGAGUGGACGUACGAGGAACAGUUUAAACAGCUCUAUGAGCUAGACAAUGAUCCAAGAAGGAAAGAAUUUUUGGAUGACCUUUUCAGUUUCAUGCAGAAGAGAGGAACUCCAGUCAAUCGGAUUCCCAUCAUGGCGAAGCAGGUUCUGGAUCUCUAUACACUCUACGCGUUGGUCACUGAGAAAGGAGGCCUAGUGGAAGUCAUUAAUAAGAAGCUUUGGCGGGAAAUUACCAAAGGUCUCAACCUACCCACCUCUAUCACAAGUGCUGCCUUUACACUCAGAACUCAAUAUAUGAAAUACCUUUAUCCAUAUGAAUGUGAGAAGAGAGGACUGAGCUCUCCAAAUGAACUGCAGGUUGCUAUCGAUAGCAAUCGACGAGAGGGUCGAAGACACAGCUUUGGAUCACCACUGUAUAGCUAUUCUUCCAGUGGAACAUCAUCAGUGCUAUCCUCGCCCAAAUUGCAAGUGCCUACACUAAAUUUAGCGACAACUAAUGGCAGCCCUAUUAACCAGCUGGUAAAAAUAAAGAAAGAGGAGGAUUCAAUUAUUCCACUGUCUUUGGGAGGCAGACUACCUGUGCCACUGACUAGUCACCAGGUAGCAGCAGCACAGGCUGCUGCAGCUCAGGCUGCAGUUGCUGCACAAGCUACAGCAUUAGAUCAAUUGAGAGAGAAAUUGGAGUCUGGAGAGCCUCCAGAGAAGAAGAUGGUAGUUGGGGUGGAUGAUCAGCAGCGGUUGAUGCAACGUGCUAUUCAGCAGAAUCUACUUGCCAUGACAGCGCAGAUACCAAUGAACAUCAGAAUCAACAGUCAAGCAGACCGCCAAGAAUCAGCAUUGAACCUUACAACAAAUGGCAUGAGCAGUAUCAGUAUGUCAGUGGAGAUCAAUGGGGUUGUUUACACAGGUGUUCUGUUUGGUCAAGGACCUGGUAUAUCUGGUGCAUCGAGCACCAAAGGAAAUAACAGCAAGAAUAACAAUUCUCAGGGUACACCUAGCCUGCCUGUACCUCGCACACCUACCUCCUCAUCAUCACAUACUUCAAACAACUCUUCACCAUGAGGCUGCAGCUAUAAUAAAGCCAACUUCAGCAUAGUGCAUCACCGCCAACACUUUAAAGGAGUUCUCAGGCUUUUAGCUCUCAAGGAAAGUAACUUUUGAUGACCAGAGGUUUCAGUUGAAUGGCCAACAGUUAAGCAUAAUCCAUACUCUGCUUAUAAACUUUCUUGGGUCACUGAAUGAGAACCAGGAGCAGCUUAAAAACUACUAAUACCUCAUAAAUCUACUUAAUCUUUAAUUGAGAUUUACCAUUGGUUACAUUUUUCUUUUCAGCCAAAUUCAGCAUUUAAAGAAUAUAUAUGUAUUUCCAUGAUGUGCUAUUUUAAUUGAGAUUUAUAAGUGAAUAUUGAUAUUUUUUGAAGGAAAAGAAAAUUUGAACUACAUCUAUGAUAUUGCUUCUUACAUUUUGGUAUGUUCAGUUACUGCCGAACAAGAAGGGGAUAAGCUGUUUCAAUGCUUAUCCAUUUAUAUUGAUCAUUCUUAUACAUGUAGCAAUACACAGACUUUUACAGCUGUCCAGAUAUUUAUUAUAUACAGUACUUUUAAUAUAUUUUACUUAAUUUCACAACACAAGACUCUAAUACAGUGGAGCUAUCAUGAGAUCAUUUUUCUGACAAAUGUAAUUGGAUCUUAAAGGAGCAUUCCAUUCUAAUAAAAAUCUGGACCAUUGUACAUAACAAUUUGGGGUGGGUGUUUGGAAAUGGUGAAUUUUAAAUGUUGCUCUUCAACAGUUUCGUUUAGUUCUAAUAUGAUACGUUGCACAAAAAUUCAAAGAGCACACAUUUCUCUUUCAUUUGCAUUAUUUUGAGUAUCACUUCAGCAGUGCUGAGAUGACAAAUUCUUCAUAUAUCACCCAUUAAAUUUCCUUGAAAUGACAAAAGAACUAAUUUGACAUUUUUAGCUCUCACUUUUGGCUUGACAUUCUGUAAUAUUAGUGUGUUCAUUUUUAAAAUUGGAUUUUGAUGAGGCAGGAUAGAAUUUUGCUUGCUGAUCUCCCUAUGUUUUGCAAUGACAGUGAAGGGAAAAUAAUUUACUGUCUGCCAUUGAAUACAUUUGAUUUUUCUGAAACAUGAAUGUGAUGGCUAUUUUUAAAAUAUCUUACAACAUUUUAAAUAAGAUAUACAUAACUUUGGUGUGAAACGUACCUUAGUUAAAGCAUUAGAUGACCAUAGACAUUAUAAUAUUAGAAGUAUAUGAUAUCUAUUGUCACAGAGGCUUUUUGCAGAUUUUGAUUUAAUAGUUGGACCUAAAGUGUUCAUGAAUAGUUUUUGAUUGCAAGGAAAUGAUCUUCUUUGAGCUCCACUGCAUUCACUAUAGUAUUUAAUGUGUCAUUUGAAGUAAAACAUUUUAUAUAGAAUCAGCUUUGUGUUCAUACUGUGAAAAAUACACCUUUUUAGAGUGUAAACUGAUGCAUCACCGUUGAAACAGGUAUUUUGGGAAAAACUAUUAUGCUUGAAGUUAUAUAGAUCUACAUUUAUAUCCAUCUUUCAUAGGACUGUAAGGUUGCUGUUACAAUGAGACUGAAAACCUACCAAAUGGAAAUAUAUUCUUUGAGAGGAUGCAGUUAACAACUUCACUUUUUUGAAUUUGUAGAUUUUCAGUUAAGUGCUGUUCCUCCACUGCCUCAAAGAAAUUGUUCAAUGAACAGCAAGGUUUCCUUUUUUCCUUAAUUUCUAAUUACACUAUUGUUUAUCAGUAGCCAAAUGUGAUGGUGUGCUGCCAUCAUCAUGCCUUUAGUGUGACAGAGAUAUUAUUAUGUUGAAAUUAAUUUUGUAACAUCACAUUGAAAUUAAUGAAAAACAGAUAUUGCUGGAGACAAUAUGUUUACUUCUGGCAAAUGUUAUUGGCUUUUAUUGACCAUACUCAGUGAGUGGAGUGAUUUGGGUAAAGUCAAAAUUAUAAUUAUUUGAAAACUGGCAUCAACUUCUUGAGAACCAUUUCCGGUUGAAACAAUUAGAAAGUUAAGUAAUUGGUUUCAACAUUUGCUUUGAAGAUAGAAUUCUCUAUUAAAUUUUGCUUUAUCACUCAUAGUUUCCCACAAUUUAUAGAGGUAGUACUCCAUUAUCUUGUCCUACCUCUAAUUAUUAGAAUUCAAAAUAUAACUUGCUUUUCUAAAAUGCACUACAAGAAGGUCUUUUUGAUGAUGGUUAUUUUGUGCCAACACUUCACAUAAUUUGGUUUAAAUGAAUUUGUGUUUUUUAAAAAAAGUAAAUGGCUUUAGAAUAACUGGCUGUUUUAAGGUUGCUGCAUAAUGUCAAAAUGCUUAGACAAAUGGUAUCAUCUGUGGCAUUUAAGGUACAAGUAAAAUUAAUUCUACAUGUGGAGUAUGCAUUUUAAUUUUUCUUCUUUUGUCUAUUUUCUCCCCAUCCUCCCUCCUUCCAAAGGCCUUCUCCCUUGUUGAGUAUGGUUAAAUAGGUAACCAAUGCCUGAGGCACCAAUACAUAGGCAGUAUUGGCAGACUGUUGUAUUGCAAUACAACAUUGUAGUGAAACCUGAUUCAAUCCAAUCUGUAGACUUCUACUUUUCAGGAAUUGAUGGUUAACCAUCAGUAAUGUAAGUGCUGGUCAACCCCAACCUAGAAGGCCAAAGGCUGUUGUAUUGAGGCGUUGUGACUGUACUAUUUUGGGCUUUUAUUUUCAUUUUUUUAAAGAAAGCUGAUAUGUCUUGAGUCGUCUGUUUACAAGACUUUGACCUGCUUUGUAAAGAAAGUACUUGCAUUUGUAUUGCAGUUUCACAUCCUCAGGUUGCCCCAGAGCACUUUAUUGUCAAUAUUUUUUCUUGAAAUAUAUUUACAGUUGUACAGUCAAAUGCAACAGCUUACUUACACAAGAUCUUGCAAACAGGGAAAACAAAAUGGAUGUGGAUGUCACUGACAAAGCAAGUAUUUAUUUCCCAGGCCUAAUUAUCUUUGCAUAUUAAUGGUGGUAGUCCACUUUCUUGACUAAAAUGAAACGACUUGGUGGGCAAUUUCAGAGGGCAGUUAAGAGUAACCAUGUUGCAGGUCUGGAGUUGCAGAUAGACCACACAGUAGAAGAGCAGAUUCCCUUAGCUAACAGACAUAUUGUACCAGAUAGAUUUUUACAACAAUAUAGUUGCUUCCCCCCCCCACCGCCAAGUUUGUUUAAUCACUUAAUGUAAAUUUCAAAUGCUGUUAGAUCAUUAGUUCUGACCUUUGGAUUUUUGUUCAUUUUAAUGGUACCGCUUUGCUACUGUAUUACAAUGAAUUGCUCAGUGGUGGUUCUUGAAGAAAGAAUGUUGGCUGGUACACUGAGAGAGAGCCUUACUGUUGAAAUAGUGUUAUGGAAUUUUUAAUUUGGAAAAGUAACCAGCAUCUUCAUUUAAUAACACACCAAUAAACAGCACUUCCAACGCUGCAGCAUCUCUUUAGUACUGCACAGAAAUGUCAGUUAAAUUAUUUGCUCAAUUCCCAAAAUAGGAUUUGAUCCCGAUUCUUCUCAUCAUUUAACAAUUCAGUAUUUCAGUCAAUAUUUGUUUGCUUCCAGGUCCGAUUUUGUAGCUAGAUAAUGUCAGAUGUUUGUGAAAACAAGUGAUUCUGAACAUUGGGUGCAGUAGCAUUGCUUAAAUUGUGUGAUCUUUAGAGUAGUUGUAAGAUUUUCCAUUAUCAUAAAUGUUACCAGUCUUCUCUGAAAACACAGAACAGGUCAUAAUAUGCAGCAAAAAUGUUAGAAUAGUUUAUUUUCUGUAAUAUUUUCUCCAGAUUUUCAUAAUUAAAGUAAGAAUGCAGUUAAAUCUAUUGAUGCUGUUGGUUCUGAGAUGUAAAGAUAUGUUUUUACAUAAAUUCUGUCUUUUAACUGUGGCACUAAAACUAGUUAACAGAAAACUACCUCAUUGUGCUUCUGAGAUGAUUAGAUUCUAUUUGGAAGUAAAAAGAAUUCACUAAAUGCAUCGAUACCAGGACUUGCCUGUCCUUGGGAUCUUGACCUUUUUUACAUUGUAACAAAUAAGCCGGAAAUAAUCUAUUAAAUAUGCAAUUUCCUGUCCCUCCUAAUAAAGCUUUGUAACUCUUAGCUUUCAUUACUGUGAUAAAAUGAUAAUUUAUGUUCAGAGAUAAUAGCACAAGGAGGUUAUAUUGGCUUUUAAAAAAAAAUCAAUAAGUUGUUGUAGUUGACCCAGUGACCUAAGCCUUUUGGGGGAUGUGAUGGAAACUCAAUUGUUGCUGGCAAAUGUAGUUCUUGCUUUUGUAUGGUGACAAGCUGUGCCAGAUUGAUUUCUUUUUGUAAUCUAGUGCUUGUUCAGCACAUCAGAAAUAGUGAUAAAUCAGUAGACUGAAUUGUAUCUCGAUCUUUGCCUAGUUGUAUUUGUAGUUAGCUGCACUUUUGACAUCUUAGACCUAAUUCUGCUAUCAGGUGUAAUAAAUUACAUAAUCGCAUAAUUUGUAGCUCUGUCUUCACCUUUGGCGUUUAGAGAACUGUAGCUCUGACAUUUUUUAGACAUGAUUCUGUUGUUGGGUUUUAUAAGUUUUUAGUUCAAUUAUUCUAGUGAACAGAGUUUAAUAACUGUCCAGUUUCUAGUUGGUGGCCAAUUUUUCAUGUUUGCCUCAACCUUUUGCUUAAUAAGGCAACCUUUCUGAUGUCUUUGUUGGAUUAUGUUUACUUUUUCCAGCAUUUUAACUUACCCAAAACAAAAGACUUCAUCUGCAUAUCCUUGAAGGUUUGUUGUAGUUCCUGUAUGAUAAAUACAACAAGAAAAUUUUCUGAUUGCUCUAUCUAAUGAAAUUUCUUUCUUUUGAUUUUUCUAGAAAUACUUAUUUAGAGGAAACAUUACUCAUGUUUAUGAUAGUAACAGUAAUUAGUGGAAAUUUACAUUGUCGGUAACUAGCUACUUGUGGACUGUAUGCCUGAAAAGUGAAAUACACAAUUGACUCUGUGCCUUACAUAAAAGAUACCUCUUCCCUUUCUACAAGUAUACUACCAAUUAAGUGUUGAGAAACAUCAGGAGGCUUCAGAUUUUUGAUUUGAUGCUGUUUAAAAGUUUUAGGUGCAGACUUAGCCUCAAGUUCAUUUUAAAAGCUAACAGCUAUGAAUUUUGAGCCCAAGAAUAAUUGCUGUUACUUUAAGAGCUUUAAACAUGAAAGUGAAUUAAAUAGUGAGCUGUAUUGUGAUUAAAUAUAUCUAUUAUUCAAGUAAUGGAAAAGAAGUCUCAAAGGUGAGAUUUAGGUAAAUUGAGCUUGAUAGCAGUGGAAGCUCAAUUAAAUUUGAUUAAUAAAGUAUUGACUUCUGAAUAAUAGAGCUUCCCAAAAUGAAGUAAGCUUUCAAGUUGUCCCUUUUUUGGUGAAAAUGUGGUUACUCCAAAUGGUUACAACUAUUUUAAUAACAACCGGUUAUAAGCACUUCCAUUUAUACUCUUCUUUUCCUUUUGAUAUUUCACUAUGUCCCAAUGUGCCCUGCCCUGCAUGUUCUUGGGACAGAGUUUAUAUUCUCUUUUAAGCAUUCAAGAAUUUAGUAUGAUAUUAGAACUAUGUUCUGAUGUUCUACUGUAACUCUAUGAAAAAAGUAAGCAUCAUGUCAUUGACACCAGAAGUUUAAUUCUGGCAGGGUGCCAUUUGGGGCACAAUUUGUUCUUGCUGACCCUGGACUUGGGAUCAGAGAAAUUCAUACAAUAAUACUACCAAAAAAGGAGGAAGGAAAUUUGUUUUUUGAAAUGAUUAGUGUAUAUAUAGUUUUGAGAGUAAACUAAAGAAAAAGGUAAAUUGUUGCACCACAUAACUGGGUCAUACUUCAAAGUAAUUUAUCAAAGUAAAUCUUUGAUUUUAGAAAUGGAAGUAUUGCUUGUAUGUAAAGACUUAGCUUUUUGGAGCUACCUCAUUAAAAAUCUUCAUUAUGCAAAUCUAGGCAUCAAGAAACUUUGUCAGUUUAGUUGACUAAUGUAAAUGAUAUUGCAGGGCAAUUCAGACCAGAAUGGUUUCAGUUACCAGUACCUUUAACUUUUUUAAAAAAAACCUGUUGUUAGAAAUGACAUUUGAGGGAUUAGCCUGGUUUUUAAAACACCCAGUUACUGCACUAGACCAAGAAGACUAAUAGAUCCAUGUUUGUAUUAAGUUGGCUGGUCUCAAUUGGCACAGGGAGGGGAUGCAACAAUUCCAUGAGCAUGGGGUAGGGAGAAAAAACAGCAACAAAAAUUUAUGCUUAAUAUAUGUAUUUUGGUUAAUUAAAGAUAUGAUUGAGAUGCUGAAGAGUUGCCAGUGCGUGUGGAACCAUAUCUCAUCUCAUCUCAUCUCAUCAAGAACAUUGGGAGGAAAGAAAGUGGUUUGUUAGUUGCAUUUAUUUCUCCUCUACACAUUUUAAAAUGUGUAGUUACUUGCUUCAGGAUUAUUAUUAAUCAGUGUGCAACUCUAAACCCUGUAAUUUGAGAGCUGUAUGCACCAAUCAUAAGCUACUGCUUAUUAGAAUACACCAAGGCAUAAAAUUGCUUGUGUCAGAUGGUCAGAUGGAACAAGCAUUGACCAUUUUGGUAAACCAAUGUACAUUAGAGAUUAUAAAAUGUGAGGCUGGAUGAACACAGCAGGCCAAGCAGCAUCUCAGGAGCACAUUAGAGAUUGACUGCUUUCCACAUUUUAAUUUGAAUAGACAACUUCAGAAUAAUUGCUCCAGCUUUAAAAUAAUACAAGUGAUUGAUUUCAGACUUCUCCAAGCACUGUUUUAAUUUACACUCUUUAGGUCAUCACAGACAGCACUGGAAUUAUAAUUAAUUAAAUAUAGUUGCAUAACACGUUUGAAAUGUCUCACUAAAUAUACUUUUUUAUUGGAAGUAUUUUGCUUUUAUUUAAAAGUCCUUUCCUGCUUUCAAAAUAUGAACUGUAUUAGUUUUUAAUUGAUUUCUAAAUUAGUUCCCUCUAUGUUUGAUAAAUUUGGGCAAAACCAAUAACCUUAGCAAAUAUCAAAAUUGCAUUGCAAAUAAUCAACAUUUUAAAAAAUCUCCUUAGACUUUAGAUGCAUAAUUGUCUUGUUAAUGGUUUUAUAAAACAGUAAUUUGUGCCAGUAAUUGUAAUUUCUCCUCCCCAAAGUCAGCACAAGAUUAGCUUAUUUGUCUUUUUCACUUAAGUGCUCAUAACACCCAAUGCAUUGGGAUCCUGAAUCCUGCACACUUUUUUUGACUGGAAGUUGUUGAACAGAGACUGAUAGAAGUUAAAGCAUCAAUGUUCCUUUUUAUAAUUUGUACAUUGUCCAGUCGAAUUAAGUGGUUUUAAAAUAGGCAUAAUUUUUCAAGAGAACAUGACAAGGUAAUUUUAUAAUCCAUAUUUUUUGAAUGGAAUCAUGACUUUGUCUUACAGAUUUAAGGUUACACUUGAUAUUGCGCAGUAAUGGGUGAAUUAAAUAUUACUUACUUGCAGAUCUGUGCAAUAUUAAAGGAGGUUGUUCUGGUCAGGGUAUCUGUUUAAAGGAACAUUUUACUUGGACAAAUUAAAUAUUAAUUUACACUUCCAGCCUUUUAUGAAUAUUUUUGGUAGUAAAGUUAUGCUCUGAUUGUAACAUUUGUUUCCCUAAAAUUUCCAAUAGGCAAAAUAUCAGUGUGCUGUAGGUCAAAAAUUCAAUUUGGAAUCCGUAGUCAAUUUGUUUAUAUCAGUAAAUUUGGUACCAACAUCAUGAAAUGCAAAACUAAUGUAAUGAUAUAAAGCAAAUACCAAUGAACAAAUACAUUGUCAUUUAGGUAGGUUAUAGCCUGAUUUAUAUUGGCAAUAUAACGAGUUACUUUACAAAUGGAAAAAGUCCUCUUAAAGCUCAACUCAAUGGUCCAGGCACCCUAACUUGGCUUUUUCUUGCUUUAUUUAUAAUACUAUAUUGAUUGUUAUUACAAGCCUCUGAAUAUACAUGAAUUCUAACUUAUUUCUGUUUGAAAUCUAUUUUUAAUAUUGAAUGCUGAUUAAUAUACCUCACCAAAAAUAUGAUUUUACCAAACAGUUGCAGUUAUUUUCUGUUAAAUAACCAUUAUGUUAAAUUAACUUUGCUUUUCAUUUAUUGUGCUUAUAAUGAUGGUUCUUAAAGGCUUAAAAUAUUGGCAGUGAAUUGUUGAAAGCUGUUACAAGAUUUUAGCAAAGGUAUUUCAGGGAUAGUAGAGGCAGCAUCACUUCAGUUUCAAUUGGCAUUAGAAAGUGCUAAAGACAAGAAUUAGAUGGAGAAAAUUUAAUUAAAGUGCAGAACUGGAGUUACAUUCAUUGCAUUCGGCUUAUGGUUAAUCAUGUAGAUUCAAAAUUAGUUUAGUCAACUGAUUUUUGAUGAGUGUCCAGUCUUAGGUGGACUUGAACAUAUUUGUAAAAGCCAACAUUAACUAUUCUAAGAAUUAAAAAAAAUUUAAACCCAUUAGCAAUGAUUACUACCCACUAAUGAGAACAAUAAAGAUUUUUUUAACAAAUCUGUGUACUGUCAUUCUGAAAUAAACCAUAAAAAGCUAGAAAUACAAAGGUCCAUCAAAGACCAGUUAAUAUGCUUUCAAUUGGGGUGGAGUCAGAGAAGGGGCUUAAUGUGGAACCUUAAGGUGGAAUUCUAUGUUUCCAGAGGAGUUGAAGUAGGAAGUCACAAGCACAUUUUGUUAAGUUAGGAAGUUGCAUAAAUUUCCCAACAUUUUCCUGCUUCCAACUGAAUUAAGUGCUGGGUGAGGAAACUCCAUGGCUGGCCUUCCUAUCUUGUUACUAAUUUGAGAUGCUUGUAGCCAGUUGAGGACCACUUAACAGCCUCAGCCUGACACUGCUGGGAUUCAACCAGCAACAAACAGCCUUGCCUAUAAGUAUCCCUCCCAGACUAUAAAGUGCAAGCUGCUUGUUGUUGUCACUGUUGGGAGGUUGUGUGGUGUGGGGCUGGUUAAAAGCUCACAAUGCCUGAUUGAGAGCAGGGAAUUCCUACAGUCCUCUCCCCAUAACACUCCCCUACAAAUCACCUUUCUUUGCCCUGGGGUGUUGAUCUUUAGGUUGCAUUCUGAACAGCAGCCAUGUCUUUCACUAUGGUGUGCAGAGUGAUUGGAUUGCCAGCAAGUCCUUCAGUAAAAACUUCUAUCCCCUUAGAACCUUAUUCCAAGUGAAGACCCACUGUUGUACUCUCAACUGCCUGAUAAGCAGAAGAGAAGGUGGGCCUUACGUUUGAGAGAGGGUAUUGUUUCUUUAGCUAAACGUGUGGGACUUCUGCCAAACCACCUUUGCACGCGUGCUCGUGUGUGUGUGUGUGUGUGUAUGUAUAUACAGAUUGUGUAUUGCCAGUGUUUUUUCAAAUUUCCUCUCUUUAUCCAUUUCCAUGGGUAGGGUAUGUAUAAACUUCAGAUGUAUUGUCAGGAUUGUUUAUAAUAUGUUGACACAAGUCCACAUAUGAUUUUAUAUUCUACUUUAAACAACAAAUUAAUAAAUGCCCAGAGAUAGUAAGAACUGCACAUGCUGGAGUCUGAGAUCAGAGUGUGGAGCUGGAGAAACACAGCAGGCCAGGCAGCAUCAGAGGAGCAGGAAAGCUGAUGUUUCAGGUUGGGACUCGUCUUGUCAACAUCAUGCCAACUUUCCUGUCCCUCUGAUGCUGCCUGGCCUGCUGUGUUCCUCCAGCUCCACACUGUGUUCUCUCUUAAUAAAUGCCUAGUUGCCCAUAAAAAUUACCUUUAGCCAAUCCCCAUCUUUGGACAUGUAGGAUUUUUGGAAAUCUGACUACGUCUAAACAAGGUCUUUUGAAGCGACUUCCAUCAAACUAUGUUUGAAAUAUUUAUAUGUACUGUAAAGGAAUUUUCCAUCUAAAGUGUAAUCAAAUCAUGUGUGAAAUGUUUUAAUUGCUAUCCAAAUAUAAAUCCAAUUUGCUGGAAUGGUUUCUUGCACUCUGUGAAGGAAUGCCAUUAAUCUAAUUUGAAUGAUGUCUUAGAAGUUUAUGAUUGUAAUCAUUAGGGUCAAGUAUUAAAAAUAUUGUUUUUGAUUUUAAUUUUUCCAUUUGUAGUGUUCUAUGAAAAUUCUAUCAUCUGCUAUAAAUUUCUUUUUAAGAAUAAGGUUUGCUGUAUACCAAAGACUUAAAUGAACACACUUUAAAGAAAGCAAAAGCACUAUGGAACGUACUGCUUUGAUAUUGUCAACUUGUCCUUGCUAUGUACAGGCUAAUAAUUAUGCUGUGCUGUUAGAAUUAGAAUUAAUAAUGACUAAUAAAUAUAUACUUUUGUCUCAAUGUGCUGUUUACAAUCUAGUACUGUGUAUUAGAGGCUAGAUUGUGAUUCUCAGGGGUUUUGAAAACAUUAACUACUGUGUAUCUUCCAGUGAUUGUAGAAAUCAAAUAUUUACUCUUAACUAUUGUGAAAACCUAUGUUACCUCGUACUUUUUUUUCAUAUUUUACCUUAUUUGUGGGAGUCUCGUUGAGCAAUUGACUAGGAAAAUGAGAAUGCCAGUAAUCAAGAUAAAAUUCACUCAGCUUUGAAACUGGUUUUAAAAGAAUUAGAGUAAAUACAUUUCCAAUUGAGUUCAGAUAAAAGGUCAUUGACCUAAAACUUUAAUGCUUUUUUUUCUCCACGGAUGUUACCAGAUUUGCUGAAUAAUUCCACUAUUUUUCAACCUUAAUAAAAAAAUGAGUCAGUUCCAUUCUAAAAAUGUAAAUUGAGGAAUGACAAAAAAUGGGACCUAUUCAUGUCGAUCUUUUGGUUCCCUGUGAUGAAGACGUGAAAAAGAAAUUAAAAAUAAGCUUCCACAAAUAAAGCUUCUGGGAUGUCUUUGUUCGAGGAUAGUUUAUUUGGCUUUUAUUUUAUAUGUUGACAAAUAUUGAAUUUUGUGUACAUCUUUUAAAAUGUCAUUUAUGUCACAAAAUGUCAUCUAAUCGGUUACAACAGGAAAAUAUACUUCUCAACUCAGGAAAACCACUUCACCUUAUGCAAAACUUUAACUAUAAAAAUGUGAUUUAUCCCUUACCUCCAUCUCUGUUUUGUGUUCAUCUUUCUCAAUUGUACUGGUGUCAUGUGACUGGUCACUAAUGGUUUACAUUUUAUAACAACAAGUUGUAUUUAACCAUCUGUACAUUUAAAGGAAUAAAAAUUAAAACAUAAGAUUUGAUGAUAUUGAAAUAAACUAGAAGUUCUGCCUUCUUCCCCCCCAA